CGCUUCUUCAUAUUCUUCCGGGUCACACCGUCCGCACAAAUGGCUCAUUGGCGGGCUUUUCGGAGCUUUUCUUCAAGCCUGACUGGGGUCCUUGUUCCUCUGCGUGGUUUGAGAUUGUGGAACGGUUCAACUUGUUGCUGGAGAGUUUCAGUUUUCUCACGUUUUGCAAGCAUGUAUGUGAUCAGGAGAGUUCACAGAUGAAUGAAGCUAAAGAGUCCACGUGUCCCAGCUCUGCCCCCAAGAGGAGACAUUCAUUACUGAAUUUGCCACCCAGCUUUGAUGCCGGUGAGCUCAUCUGGACACCUCAAACUAUAAAACAACCUGCUUCUCUCCUCAUCCAACAGCUGCUAAAUCAUGAAACAGUCAUGUUUUGUGUAGGUAGGGCCCAAAGGGAAGGACCCAAAGUCAAGACAAAAGAUGAGGAGGUAGGGAAUCUGGGGGAGAAGAUGAUCUGCAGGAUCCUGCUGCUCAUCACCCUCAACUCAUGUGUCUGUGCAGCAACAUUUGAAGUGAAUGUGACACAGAGCUCCUAUCAGGCAGAGGAGAACCACCACAUCACACUGGAAUGGACCUUCACCACCAAACCUGACUCUUCAUACAAAUAUCUGUUCAUCUUCUGUAGCUUCUUCAUCAAUCAUCAAGAGAAAGAGUUGACUCUGUAUCAUGUACAUGAAGGUGUUGAGGUGUCAGAGUCUCAGGAUGAACAGUUUUCAGGACGAGUCCAGGGAGACAAAGACGUCCUCAGAGAAGGACGAAUCAGACUUCAUGUGUCCAGACUCAGGAUUAAUGACUCUGGUCUGUACCAGUGUGAAGUAAAGACAGAUUAUGGCUCCACAUCUGGUAGAUGUGAACUCAACGUCACUGCAGCUGAUGAUCAGCCUCAAAUUCAGAGACCAACGUCGAGUCCAGAACCAGAGACUGGAGGACAGAGGAGACGACGUGAUGGACUGAUAGUAGUAGUAGCUCUGAUGUUUCUCUGUGUUAUAAUUCUGAUAGUUUUCAAGAUCAGAGAGUCAACAACAGAAAGCGAUUCUUAACUUGAUGGAGGAGGUGAAGGUGCUAAAACUUCAAAAUGAAGAGAAGGAGAAAGGAUUGCAAUCCUGGAAAACCAAGUAGCCGACCUAGAACAGUACUCAAGGAUGAACGAUAUCAUUGAGUCUAUCAUCGCUCGGGCAGUGAGUGAAAGAAGCGACAGAGAAAACAGCGAGUCUGACGCCAACUUGGUGGAGCAACAGGUGAUGGCCUUGACCGGAGUCAACUCACAGUGGACCAAAACACCAUCAAGGCUUGUCAUCCUCUCCCUUGGAGGAAUAAGAAGGACAAACCAUAAUAGCCAUAAUAUUAAGGUUUGCUAACAGGAAGCAUAAAACUGCACGACUAGGACAAGGAAAAAAGCUGAGAGGUUCAGACGUCUAUUUAAACGAACAUCAUACAAAAAAGAAUGUGGACAUUGCCACACUACCUGAUGAAACAGAGGAAAAUACAAUCUACAUGGACAAACUGCCAAGUUUUCAUAAAACUUAAUGGCAAAAGUACUGGUCAUCAGAGACAUUGAGGACUUGGACAAAUACCUGUAAACAUGAAAAAAGAGCGUAUUAAGGUAACGGAAAAACAGAGGAUCUACACUGCAUUAUCCACAAUGACAAAAACACCAGGAAUGACAAAAAAUUAUCAUAUUGGUUUGAAAACAUACAACAAUAUACUGAGCAUAAAUUACAAGACAUGGAAAAUGACAUUGAUCCUGAAUAAGUUCUUUAACAAUAUCAACAACAAUAGCUGCUACUUCACAGAGGAGCAGUUUAAUAUAUAUAAGAGCUAUAUAAGAGCAAAACCAUUUACCAUUUAGAUGACACUUAGUUGGACUUUAGAAAUCUUCGCUUAAAACUGUACUUGUGAAGAUCUGCUCAAAUCAUGUCAUCAUCAAAUCUAAUCAAAACAACCCUGUAUCAGAAACGUGUCCAUUUAAAAUCUUUAUCUUUUUAAGAAUUACUAAAAAGUUGCAGACAUGUCUGUGAAGUAGAGGAAAUGUUUAGCGGUGAGCAUCAUGUCCCUUCAGCCAUAUGACCCAUCAGUCAGGUAAUAUUUGCCUGAUUGUUUAUUAUCAGUAACAACAUGAGCAGACAAAAAACUGUUAAGUGACAAUUCUGCACACUAAACCAAGAAACAGGAAUGUUAAUAUAGUCCAUAUAGUGUGUUGUGUACACUGUAUUUGAAGUGUUGUAUGAAAUAACUGCUUGAGUUUCUCAAUGUUUUUCCAUUUGCACAACAUCAGCUGC